AUGGCAUCGUUCUUGGACUCGGAUGAACGAAAGUGGAGGUCCGACUUGCCUGACACACUCAGUGUCCGAGAUUUUUGUGCAAUAUUUACGACGGAGGUCUUGAACCUGCGCCGUAUUCAGAUCUUUGAAGCUAUGAUUCUGCAUUAUAUUCGUAUAUAUUGUUUGUAGCAUUGACAAAAAAUGGAUGCUUACUGAGAAGAUGCAAGAUCGGGAUUGUUUAUCGA